AUGGUUCAAAGAGUUGCUACGGACGAGCGGCCUUUCGAGACCCCGUCUUCCGAUGAGAGCGGCUUGGGGAGAGACUCCCCUACUGAUGACUCUGAGCCUGAAGCUGCUUUGGUCGUUCCUCCCGAUGGAGGCUGGGGCUGGGUGGUUGUGGCUGCUUCUUUCAUUUGCAACUUCAUCGUCGAUGGUAUACUUUUCUGCGGUGGAUCUUUCCAGAAACCCAUUCAGAAUGAAUUUAAUGUGACGGGGGGAGUGGUGGCACCAGUUUUCUCAUUACUACAGGGAUUUUACCUUAUCGCUGGUCCGUUUGCUUCUGCCUUAGCAAAUAAGUAUGGUUUUCGUGUUGUGACGAUUUUGGGAAGUAUGAUAACGGCAAGUGCGUUUACGUUGUCAUAUUUUGCGACCAGCGUUGAGUAUUUGUACCUAAUCUAUGGAGUAAUGGGAGGUAUUGGUUUCUGUAUGAUAUACAUGCCGGCCGUGUUGACUGUCGGUUUCUACUUCGAGAGAUGGCGCGCUUUAGCCACAGGCUUGGCACUUUGUGGCUCCGGAGUCGGUACCUUUGUGUUCGCACCGCUGACCGACUCUCUUAUCGAGAACUAUGGUUGGAGAGUUGCCGUUGCAAUUAAUGGAGCAUUCCUUCUCAUCUGUCUGGUUUGCGGUCUCGCAUUCAGGCCCAUACAACCUGUCAGGGUGACCUUGGCAGACCAAAGAGAAGAAGAUGAUACCUCGCGGCGACACGAGGAAGCUGUCGAGAAACUUAACUCCAUGCUCAAACUCCACAACAAACUGGACUCAGGAAUCUCAAUGCCCCCAGAAAUGAGAUUCACCAACCGAGUCAGCCCUCACACGUGGAUGGGAGUCGCCAAUAACACUAGGUACCCGACGGCCGAAGAAGUCUUCCGGGGAAGCAACUCACAUCUCAGCAGAAGGUCCUCCGCAACGGCCGGCACGAUCAAACAUAAUUGUAAGCCUCUCUUCAUCGCCAGUUCGGUGGCCGAGAAAGACGAACAGGAGGACUCUAACAGUAACGUCGACAAUGCCGAGCCACUGAUUGCUAAUUCUGUUAAAAUUGUCACGCGUGAGGCUCGGCCUCGCCGAUCCCACCUCGAUUUGGUCGCACGCCCUCUGUAUCGAGACGACAUCUUUUUCGGGGGCAGUCUCGCAAGGCUGCCUCAAUAUACGUCUAGAACUUCGCUAGGGUACCACUUGGCCGUGACGCACGUCCCGACAAAGGAGGAUACACAAGAGGAACAGUCUGGAAAAUGUCAACUCUGUCCGGAAGCGGUGAGACGAGCGCUCGCUACCAUGCUGGACGUGAGCUUGUUCCGGUCGCCGACGUUUAACAUACUGGCGAUAAGCGGAUUUUUCACUAUGUUAGGAUUCUUCGUGCCUUACACAUACGUAGCUCAGAGGGCAGAAGACAACGGCUGGACCAAAUCGAAGAGCGUGUGGCUGAUAUCGACGAUCGGCAUCACAAACAUCCUCGGACGUAUUGGAUGUGGGCUGGUUUCCUCUAUGCCGAAGGUGUCUCCUCUGUGGUUGAACAACAUCGCUCUUACUGCUGGUGGCGUGGCUACGAUGAUGAGUGGACUGUAUUUCAAUGAGAUCUAUCAAUUCGGAUACUGCGCAAUCUUUGGGCUAGCUGUCGCAUGUUUCGCAUCCCUUCGUUCAAUCUUGGUGGUGGAGUACAUAGGUCUAGAGCAGUUGACCAACUGCUUCGGUUUGUUCCUGCUCUUCCAGGGCCUCGGAGCUGUGUUAGGUGUUCCCAUAGCAGGUGCUCUAAUGGACCUAACACAUAGCUACACCAUAUCAUUCUGUGUGUCUGGCGGUUUCUUAAUAUUUUCUGCCGUAAUGUGUUACCCAGUGGACUACAUUAGUCGGUGGGAGAAAUCUAGGAACAAACUGUCCACCCCAAAAGUCUGA